AUGAACACAUCUAGUACCACCACCAAUACCUGCAGCAGCGUCUUUCCGCCUCCUAGUGCUCCAGCGCGUCUUCGGCCAGGUUCGGGCAAUAGCCAAGAUGACCUCCCUCCUCAGCUGAUCACAGCAAAUGCACCCUUGAAGCCAAUGAUAUCCUCCCUCUCCUUUGAACCUGAUGCAGUGGAAAGCACUGCGGAACUUAUCAACUUGUACUGUCAAGUGUUGCAAGAGCAUCUUUCGUCACAAGAACUCUGUCAUCGUUGCGCACCGAUUUCCCAGCUGCAACUGAAUGACUACUCUUGGGAUCAUGACGACUUCUCGGAAGACGAUGACGGCUUUGAAGACAAUGAAGACAAUGAUGAUGAUGAUGAUGAUGACAUGAGUGUCUUUUCCAUGUCAUCAUCGUGCUCUAUGGAUCAUCUCUUUUCGGAUGUUGAUUCCAUCCAGUGUCGUCUUCAAAGUCAAGAACAACGACGAGUUGGCACCCCUGAACAUGGAUGCAGCACUGCAAUGGAAAGCAGCCCAAUCAGGAUUGUCGAAUCUGAUGCAGACUCUCUUGCAUCGUCCUUUUCAGCGUGCAACCUGUCACUUCCCUAUAAUAAUAAUGAAUGA